AGUUGUGUAUCUAUGUGAGUCUGCUCCAGCGUUGGGCUGGGUCCGGAGGAAGCGAGGAAGGCGGCUUUUGGCCGGCCGGAAUGCAGGAUGACCGAAGCAGGCAGAAUUCUCCUUAAGACCACGGGUUCCACUUUCUUGCACCCCGUUAGCGACCUUUUCGGCAUCCCCCUAGCACAGGUCAAUUUCGUUGCUUGUCAGCUUUGUGCUCUCUUGGCUGCAUUUUGGUUUCGCUUGUACUUAAAGCCUAGUCAAGCCAACUCUGGUGUUCGUCAUGCAUUUGCCACAAUUUUGGGAAUAUAUUUUGCCCUCUUCUGCUUUGGUUGGUACUCCAUCCAUAUUUUCACUUUAGUGAUGAUAAGUUAUUUCAUCAUGAACAUGGCCAGUAUUGCCAACAUUCAUAGGUAUUCUUUUUUGGUAGCUAUGGGAUACCUCACACUGUGCCAUAUUAGCCGAAUAUAUAUAUUCCAGUAUGGUAUUCUCACUACAGAUUUCUCAGGCCCAUUGAUGAUUGUAACACAAAAGAUCACAACUCUUGCAUUUCAGGUUCAUGAUGGAAUAGGUAAAAAAGCAGAAGAUCUAACUUUUGAACAGAAUCAGCUUGCUAUAAAGACAAGACCUUCCUUACUGGAGUACCUGAGCUAUCAGCUCAACUUCAUGAGUAUUAUUGCUGGCCCAUGCAGCAAUUUUAAGGAUUAUAUAGCUUUCAUUGAAGGGAGACACGUGCAGAUGAAGUUAUUAAAGGUCAGCUGGAAACAGAGGAGUAGUGAGAGAUUUCCUGAUCCUUCUCCAGUGGGAGCCAUUCAGCAGAAACUUGGUAUCACACUUGUGUCUCUGGUGGUGUUCUUGACGCUUACCAAGACCUUCCCAGCAACUUACAUUGUUGAUGAUCAAUUUAUGAAUCAAUCUUCAUUUUUGACAAGACUUGGUUUUCUAUAUGUUGUCAUGCAGGCCUCAAAGCCAAAAUACUACUUUGCUUGGACACUGGCUGAUGCAAUUAAUAAUGCAGCUGGUUUUGGUUUCAAUGGUGUGGAUGAGAAAGGCAAUUAUCGCUGGGAUCUACUAUCUAAUUUGAAUAUCAGGAAUAUUGAGAUGGCAACAAGUUUUAAAAUGUACUUAGAAAACUGGAAUAUUCAAACAACUGCCUGGCUUAAACGUGUAUGUUAUGAUCGGACUUCUUGGUAUCCCACAGCCUUAACAUUUCUUCUCUCAGCUCUUUGGCAUGGUGUUUAUCCUGGAUAUUAUUUUACGUUUAUCACUGGCAUCUUUAUGACACUAGCAGCCAGAAGAGUUAGGAACAAUUGUCGACACGUCUUCAUCUCAUCCAAGCUGCUCAAGGUGGGCUAUGACAUGGUUACCUGGUUGGCAACUCAGUUGUCGGUUUGCUACACUGUGGCACCAUUUGUUCUUCUUGCUGUGGAGCCGACAAUUAAAUUAUACAAAUCACUGUAUUUCCAUAUGCAUAUUUUAUGUAUAUUGGUAUUGCUGGUGCUACCAAACAAAUCUCAAAAACCCAGCAGAGGGAAUCAGGCCAUUGAAAUGGAGGCACACAGCUGGAAUAAAAUCAAGAAAUAAAAGUAAGACUGGGGAAAAAAAAACCCCUUCCUCUCCAAGAUCCUGGAACAAAGGUUACAAAGAAGGCAUACCGUACCUUCAUUUUAAACUCUUUUUAAAGGACAUAACAGAACUGGACUUUUUAUCCAAAUGCAAGUCUUACUUGGUAAUGUUUACAUGCUUUAAGGACAAGAUUUAUAAUUUUUAUAAAUUAAAAAAAUCUAUUUUAAUGAAGGGUUUUACUGCAUUUAAAUAUUUAUACUUAUGUUUCAUUUAUUGAAAAUGUAUAUUAUUUGUUGUUCAGGUAGGCAUGUUGGCUCGCCUAACUUCAAAAUGUUUUCCUUUCUCCUGUUAUCCUUUCAAAUGGGUUAAGAUAGAAAAAAAAAUCUGGUAGUGUUAUUCCUGAGUAGGCUGUAAAAUUUCAUAAGUAGCUUACUCCUGGUAUAUCAAAAAGUCUUAGGGUUUAUGAUUUCUCUCCUCUUUGGCAAAAAGGAAUAUUUAUAUCUUAAAUAAAGCAUUUGGGAUUUAUUGAUCUAGAACAAUUGAAAAGUAUGUGCUGCUUGAUUGGAAAAUAAUGAUAAAGAACUGUGGAAUAUUGUCGGUCUGGUUUCCCUUUUAGGUAUAAAAUUAGAUAAAAUUGAAUUAUGUACGGUUCGUCUUCAUUCUAGGCUGAACAAUGAACGAGGUAUCAUGGGAACCAUCAUUCCAUUACAGUAUUUCCUAUGUGCAAGGAAAAUUUUCUUGGAAAUAACUCAGGGACAAUUUAUUUAGUUUGACUUGAACUGUACAAAAUAUGCAUAUUUCAAAUUGUCUGAUUUUAAAAAUGUUUUUUAAACAGUGGAAUUUACAAAACCAUUUUUGCAUUUUUCUAAAAGAAAUAAAUGCUAUGAGCACAAUAGGUUAAUAAGAAUUAAGCAACUCAAUUCUCAAAUAACGUUCAGCUUCUCUACGUGCCUAUCUGCUGUUUGUUGCAGAGUUGCACUGUUGAAAAAAAAAAACUUUCAGAUUAAGAAUGGAAACCAACAAAGCCAUGUAUUCAUAAGGAAGAAUAAAAACAAAUAAGUUCAAAUUUCUUUUAUAAAAUUAGAUUUUAAAAAAAUUAAUUAGCUGGUCUGUUCAAAAUCAACAUGAGCAAUUAAGGUAAACCUGGUUUAUAUGACUUCUACCUAAUGCAUUUCCCAGAACAUUCUGGGAAUUAAUGUUAUCAGUGUCUAUUUCUUUGUUUUUAUGAACUGUAUCAUGGCUGUAUACAUUCUGGACAAUAUCUCUGAGCGGAAUUCCAAAUUCUUAAUUAGUCAGAUUUAAAAAUGCAAGAAAUAUCAAUAAAAACAUUGAAAUGCA